AUGGAAACGUUGCUACCGUCACAAAAAGCAGUUGUACGAAUUGUGGUACGCAACGUAUACGCCCCAGCGCAGUCCCUGGCGCUUUCUGUCGAUCCCCAGAUGCUUGUAAGUGAGCUCAAGUGUCGUCUAUACGCUGACUUUCCUUCCAGUCCUCCUGUCUCGAGCCAGAAACUCAUUUUUGGAGGUAAAAUCUGUAACGAUCAGGAACGUCUGGCUCAGAUUCUGAUACCGAUACAAAACAGUCAACAAAAAGAAGAACAAGAAGACAAGACGACAGAUGAGCCGGUGGUGUUUCACUUAUUAGUGAGCUCCACGAUGGACGUCUUAAAAGACACGAGCCAAGAGUUAAAGACGUCGAUCCAGACGCAACAAAGUCAAGUCACAGAAGCACAAGAUUCACCGCGACCUCGAAGAAAUGACAAUGGCUCAACAGUAUCAGACUCAGAAAGUUUCAAUCCAGAGCCACGUCAGGUCAUGGAUAACCAGUCACCAGCCAUGACGCAAGAACAGCAGAAUCUGUUUAAUCAGACUGUACUUAUGCAGCAACAGACGAUGGUGUUGCAGCAAAUUCAAUACUUCCAGUACUUGUUACUGCAACAACAACAUCAGCCUACGACGUCUAAUAGUGAAGUCCAACAGCAACUAUUUGGAGCCCAGUUUGCUCCACCCUAUGGCAAUGUCUAUGGUAUCGUGCAACCACAGAUGUUCCAAGCAAGACCGCAAGAAGCACAGACUCCGCUACCUGCUCGAGCUCAUGCUCCUGGUUCUACUGAGACGCCGGUAGCGCCUCGACAGGACCGCUCGAUGAUCGUGGAGAUGGCACGCGAAGUGGUCUUGCUGCUGGAUUUUCGAAUGGCGCUUAAAAUGGCGUUUAUGCUUUUUAUCAUUGGACAAGAUAUGCCGACCGAUCGCAUUCUCAUGCUGGGACUAUUAUCACUUAUCUCGUACCUGCACAUUACUGGCAUUUUUGCCAAAAUCUACGCCGUGUACAACUACCACCGCAAUGUUAAUGAUGGCACACCACCGAACACACCAGUCGACUCUGAUGCUCCUGGAGCAGCGGCUGUUGCUGGUGCCGCUAUUGCAAAUCGAUGUGGAAUGCUAACGCGUGUACUACGCAUUUCAGCAGACCGCGGAUUCGUCCAAGACGUCAAAUAUUUCGUAGUGGGUUUGCUGCUAUCGCUAGUACCGGCGUGGCACCCGCAGCCAAUUCAAGGUGCAGCUCCCAUCCGUGAAAAUGCUAUGCCCGAUAACAUGCCUAUGCAAGAAAUUUGA